CCAACUAGUUCCCCUGCAAGUUGAGCUCAUCUGUUUCAUUGGUCCAGUAUGUGGGAGGAGCUCGGUGAGCACUUUGCAGAGGAUGCAGGAUAUGACACCCAUCCAGACAUGAUGAAGGAAACUUGACCGAUGCGAAAGAUUCAUCAUACAACAUACAUGCACUAUAGGCAAUAUAAUGGUUAUGAAGUUUGUUUUUUCUCUAUCUUGCGCUCUGUCUUCUGCUCCAACUGCGCCAUCAUCAGAGCUGUCCGCCUCCGCUCCUCUGCCCAGCGCGGACUGACGUUACUGCAGACGCUUCCUUCCCGGAAUGAACCGCAGAAUCAUCAUUGCGUUCCCAGACACACUCGAGAAGGUCCCGAGGACACGGUAGAUAUGGCCAGAUCGGCGAACAGCAGCGGUAAGGACGGAGAUGCAAGGGUCGCCUCCCCCGCGGAGAGAGCUGAGAUCAGGGAGCUGUCUCUGGAGGAGGUGCUGGAGUCUUACGAGCAGCCCAUCAACGAGGAGCAGGCUUGGGCAGUGUGUUUCCAGUGCUGCAGAGAGCUGCGAGCGCCGCGCCCGCCGGAGCUCCUGAUCCAGGGGCCGUCAUCGAUCAUCCUGCACAGAGACGGCACGGUCAGCGCGCAUCUGGACAGCGGCGAUGACUGUAAUGCAAAUCAUGUUUCUGCUGCUGAUGGAAAGCUGGUUCAGUCCAUGGGUGUGGCGAUCUACCGCGCUCUGGACUGGGGUCUGGAUGACAGCGAGGAGCGGGAACUGAGCCCUCAGCUCGAGCAGCUCAUUGAGUUUAUGGUCGGUGGUCAGGACAGCAGUGAAAGCAAACACUGCGGCAGUAAUGCAGCGAAAGACGAGGGCUACAGUGGCCAAGAUGAGGAUGAAGAAGAGGAGGAAGAAGGUGCAGUGCAUGGCUUUCACACUGUUCAUCAGGUGAUGGCGCUUUGUGCCCAAAGACUGGCAAAUCCAGCGCUGGCUCCCGAACACUACCAGGCUGUGUGUCGAGCGCUUUUUCUGGAGACCCUUGAGCUGCAGACCUUCCUCAGCAGGAUAAGAGAUGCCAAAGAGAUGCUGAAGAAGAUCAGGACGGAGGAACCGCAGGAGGACAGUUCCACCUCUGAGCUCGACGCUCUUCAACACACUGACUGGGCUCGUCUGUGGGUGCAGCUGAUGAAGGAGUUGAGGCAGGGCGUGAAGCUCAAGAAGGUGGAGGAGCAGCCCUUUAACCCUCUGCCCACAGAGUUCAGCCUCACACCCUUUGAGAUGCUCAUGCAAGACAUUCGCUCGCGCAAAUAUAAACUACGCAAAGUUGUGGUAGAAGGAAAUAUUCCCACGUGUGUGAAACGAAACGCUCAUGAGCUGAUCUUGGACUUUAUCAGAUCAAGACCCCCUCUUAAACCAGUGUCCGAGCGCAGCCUGCCUCCUCCUCCUCAGCGGCAGCAGUCGCUCCAUGAUCGAGUCCUGGCCGAGAUCAGACAAGAUCACAAACUCAGACCUGUGGAGCCGUCCAGUUCAAAGAGAUCAUUUGGCUCGAUGCCAUGUCUGGCACACACCUGCCAAUGUGACAUCAAAUCCACUUCCUGCAUUGACCUGUCAAUCACAGGAGCAGGGUCCCGCCCACCGUCUCGCAUACGUGUUCUUCUAAAAGCUCCAACACUGGCAGAAAUGGAGGAGAUGAAUAUAUUUGAGGAUGAGGACUCUCCAGACGGCAUGGAUAUCAGACGGGUGGAGAGCUCUCCUACACCUCUGAAGAGAGAUCGCUCCUUCUCCGAACACGACCUGGAAGAGCUCAGAGGGGAAGUGAUGUCAGAAUCCCCGCCGCUCACAGGUGUCGGCCCCCUGAGAGGAGAGAGACCUCGAUCACACACGCUGACAGGCGUCGGACCUCCACACAUCUAUCAAGCCUCGUUUCCGGUGUUUGACAGGAUGCCCUCGUCCGCAUGUCACUCCCUGAGCUCCACUGACAAACGCUGUGAUGGUGCUGCAUCUGACAGACUCUCCAGACAUCAGUGGAUGGAGGAGUUCAGUCAUCCAGUGGACAGUCUGGCCUUAACAGUGGAUGAAGUCAUUAAUGUUCGGCGGAUACUCGUUAAGGCUGAGAUGGAGAAAUACAUGCAGAACAAAGAGCUUUAUAACAAUCUGAAGAAAGGCAAGAUAUGCUGCUGUUGUCGGGUGAAGUUUCCACUGUUUUCAUGGCCAUCCACGUGCCUCCUGUGUAAAAGGUCUGUCUGUAGCUCUUGUAGUGCAAAGAUGAAAAUUCCAUACAAAAAGAUGGCACACAUUCCCGUGUACACUGUGGGAUUUCACAGCAGUGCGAAGAGUCACAAGAGUGAAGUCUAUAAGUCGUUGUGCUCUCUCUCUAGACACUCUGUGGAGGAAGAGUUUCCUCAUCUGUACGCCGCAGGCUGCAACCUGAGAGACGUGUGCUCUGACUGCACAAAGUUUGUGGCCGAUGUCAUUUCCUCCAGCCGCAGGAGCUUGGACUUCAUCAACAACACACCCAAACGCAAUAAAAGGACGACCUCGACACAUGCACAUCCCACAUCACAACCACACGCUUUCUGUAGGAUGAGUAAAUGAAUGUAUCAGCUCCACCUCACACAUCCUCUACACAAACUCUACACAAACUCUACAAGCUUCCAGCUGGCAGGCAGCGGUUUCCCACUGAAAUGUUUGCCAGUGUUAGAGGAUAGAGAUGUGGAUCACAUGUGAACAUCACCCCUCCUGCACUAUGUACAUCUAACCACCACAUAAGGGACGCAAUGCUUGAAGGCUAAUGACGAAAGACAAUCCUUUUGCAUCUUUUCUUUGAUUUUAGCUUGAGUAGAAUGCUAUAUAACUGAGCCAGGACUGUCCAUGCUUAGGAGACAUCCUUAUACAGUACAUCUGUAAAUGCAUAUUUCUCAUAUCUAAUAGCAAAUGUAUUUUUAUGCUUUGGGAUUUAGCUCUAUUUAGCACCAGAGGGUGAUGUAAUUUCCUUGGGACUGAGUCAGGCUGGUUUGUGAAAGUGAAGGUCAGAAUGAAGCAGAUAAUAGUAUCUUAUUCUGGGUAGACUAAUGAAGUGUCCUUCUGAUACACAUGUUUAACUCACUCUUAUUUUGUAAGGUCUGCAAAUAUGCAAUAAAACUAAUGCCACAAAAUGA